AUGUCAUCUACUGAACCUGAAGCACCAGUCUCACAAGAAAUUUCAUCUCAACAAUCCUUUCAAAGAAAUCAACACAAGGGAAAAACUGAUCCAAGUUGGGCACACUGUAAACAACAUGUUGAAGAGAAUGGAAAAACUGCUCUAAUAUGUCUUUAUUGUGAUAAGAUAAUCAGGGGAGGCGGCAUCAAUCGACUUAAGAUUCACUUGGCAGGAGAAAAAGGGCAAGUUGAACAAUGCAAGAAGGUUCCAGCAGAUAUUCGUUUUCAAAUGAAGCAAAAUAUUGAUGAGGGCAGGAACAAAAAAAGAAAAGUUCAAAAGGAAUAUGAAGAUAGUAAUCCAUUAGAUGAAGAUCAAGUGAGAGUAGUUGAUGAAGUGCCACAAAAUCCAUCAAGAAAAGCACCUUCUACAUCUCAAAAGGGGAAGGGUAUUAAUCCUUUAGGUUCUUAUUUUAUGCCCAGAACAACUCCUGGAGCUCAACCUGGCAUAAAAAGUGUGUUGCAAAGUAAAGAAGUAAUGGAGAAGUGUGACCUUGCAAUUUCCAAAUGGAUGAUUGAUGCUGGUGUGCCAUUUAAUACUGUUAAUUCAUCAUAUUACCAGCCAAUGAUUGAUGCUAUUUGUAGCAUGGGUCCAGGGUAUAACGGUCCAAAUUUUUAUAGAGUUCGUGGUCAUUUGUUAAAUAAGUGGGUUGGAGAAGUCAAUAAACUUGUUGAGAACUUAUUGUAUAAGCUUUUUAGAGAUGUAGUGUUGCAUGUUGGCCCUGAAAAUGUUGUUCAGAUUGUGACUGAUAAUGCUGCAAAUUAUGUUGCUGCUGGAAGGUUAUUGGAGGCUGAGUUUCCUAAGAUUUUUUGGUCUCCUUGUGCUGCUCAUUGUAUAAAUUUGAUGUUACAUGACAUUGGAAAGCUAGAGGAAGUAAGUGUUGUUGUGUCUCAUGCUGCCAAAAUUACCAAAUACAUAUAUAACCAUUGUCAUCCAUUGCAUUUGAUGAGAAAAUAUACAGGUGGAAGGGAAAUUCUUCGUCCAGCUCCUACUCGUUUUGCCACUAAUUUCAUUGCAUUACAAAGCAUAUUGGCUCAAAAAGAUGCAUUAAGGGCUAUGGUAACUUCUAGAGAUUGGACAAGCUCAACUUAUUCUAAGGAGGCCAAGGCAAAAAAAUUUGUGGAACAAGUUUUAGAUUCUAAUUUUUGGAAACAAUGUGCUGAGAUUGUGAAGCUUACUGAGCCACUUAUUCGUGUGUUACGUAUUGUUGACAGUGAAAACAAACCUGCCAUGGGUUUUCUUUAUCAAGCUAUAUUUAAAGCUAGAGAGGAGAUGAUAAAGAGAUUUCAAAGAAACAAGAAGAAGGUGGAGCCUUACUUGCAAAUCUUAGAUCGUCGUUGGGAUUCACAGCUUCGCAAAAAUCUUCAUGCUGCUGGUUAUUGGUUGAACCCAGGUUGUCGUUACAAUGAUGAAGAAUUUGAAAAACAUAAGUUCACAACAUCAGGCCUUUUGGAUGUCAUUGAGAAAUAUGCUUAUGGGGAUCCUGAUUUAAAUUCUAAGUUGACAAGUGAGAUGAGAAUAUUCAAAAAUGCUGAGUUAGAUUUUGGAAGGCCAUCUGCUAAACGCGAACGAAAUACCGUGAUGCCAGAUCAAUGGUGGGAAUCUUAUGGAUGUGGUGCACCAAAUUUGCAAAAAUUGGCUAUUCGUGUUUUAAGUCAAACAUGUAGUGCUUCAGGUUGUGAACGCAAUUGGAGUGCAUUUGAACAUAUUCAUUCGAAUAAGAGAAAUAGAUUAGAGCACCAAAAGCUUAAUGAUCUUGUCUAUGUCCGUUACAACUUGAGGCUGGCACAAAGGAAUCGAUUGAAGAAUCAAAACUAUGAUCCAAUAAAUUUUGAAACAUUUGAGGACCAUUCUAAUUGGGUACUAGAGGAUUCACCACCAUACUUAACAGCUGAAGAAAUGGAAACCUUACGGAAUGAGCUUGCAAAUAUGUCCAUUCAACCAACUCUAGAUGAUAAUGAUCAAUUAAAUUUGGAUGAUGAUGAUGAAGAAGAUGAGGCACAAGACAACAUCAUGGAAAAUGCAAAUCAAACUGAAGGCAAUGUUGGUCAAGCUUUGGAUUUAUUUGAUGAAGGAGGAGAGGAUGAAUUAAUUGACACAACUUUGCCUCUGUGGGCAUAA